GAAGAAUUCGGACGGCAUCGGACGUAAUCACAAUUCUUUCGUAUUAUUCCGGAUUUCUAGACUCAAUUCGGCUCAAAGGUAAAGCGGAUAGUCCGAUUUCGGCUUGGUUCGAUGAAAGUCGGAUGCGAUCGGUUCUAUGGCCCGAGAUUCGACUAUUGAAGGCAAAGCAUGGAAGAGACGCGGUUCUCCUGUUCACUUCCAUAUAAAAUCCUUCUAUAUACGCGUACACGGAACAGUGACCAGCUUGGCAGUGCUUGGACCGAUCGAUUUUUCAGUAUUUCCGCGUGUAUCGAUACCCUCUCGUCCGCGGUUCCCUUUUUUUCCCCCCUCCUCUUUCAUUCUCUUUCCUCCGCCAUCCUCCAAGUCAUACCACUCUUCCUCUCCAACCUUGCUAAAUGGAUUAUCAUCGUUGGGGAUUUCGAGCAUCGGCCUUUGACGUAACGAGAACGACGAGUGCGAGAAACGGUGGCGCGAGUUCGAAGGCAAGGCGCGCAUGUCGAUGCUCAAGGCAGCCAAUGGACUGGUUGAAAUAUUAAACGGGAGCAAAGACCCUGUUCUCGUGCACCACGUAGCCAUGGUUCAAUUUCUACGCCGGCGGCGGCCUAGGUGUGGGGAGAGGGGUUGAAUGAAAAUAGACGACGACACAGGGUGAAACGAGGUGGGUGGCGGUUGGGAUAGAGACGAUGGGAGAGUCGAGAGUUAGGAUUUCGACGACACUACCAGCGACAUCUACAUUUCGCGACUGGCUGCAAGGACGCAAAAAGAAGAGGGACGCCUCCCCACCAAUCGACCGCGCAUGCGCGAUUUGUGAAAUCUCGGUCCGCAUUCGAAGUAUAAUAUGAGGAAAUUUGCCACUUACUGUGUAUAGAAUGGUUCCAAAUCGGUGAUAUUCUUGAAUUUUGUUUGGAAAAUUAACGUAAUGCAUAGGUUACGUGACAAAUAUUUCUGCUUUGGAGUAAUGCAUAGACAGUUAUCCAAGAUGUGCGACAAGCGUCUGUGCGCGUGCGAGAGGAAGGUCCAUCCAGGCUUCAUGAACCCCUUCGACGAUCGGGUGAAAGCCCUCGACGAGGCGUACGAAAAUUACAGCAAGGUGGAGAGCCGCUCGUUGCUGAAAAAAUACUUGACCAGAGACGUGUUCAACAUGCUCAAAUCGCGUUUGACGAACACCGAAUCCUCUUUGAUGGACGUGAUACAAUCGGGCCUGAAGAACCUGGACUCGAACGUCGGUGUAUACGCCCCUGACCAGCACGCUUACAGCGUGUUCGCGCCACUGUUCAACCCCGUGAUCGAAGAGUAUCACAGCGGGUUCACGCCGGAGGACGUGCACCCCCCGCUGAACUGGGGCGACCCUGACAAGUUGGGCAACCUCGAUCCCGAGGGAGAGUUCAUCAUCUCGACGAGGAUCCGUUGCGCGAGGUCGGUCAACGGAUAUCCGCUGAAUCCAACGAUGACCAAGUCCCACUAUCAGGAGUUGGAGGCGAAGGUGCAACAAAUCUUGAACGCGUUGGAGGGCGAACUGAAGGGGAAUUAUUACAGUUUGAUCAAGAUGGACAAGAUAACCCAACAACGACUGAUAGACGAUCAUUUCCUGUUCAAAGAGGGCGAUCGAUUUUUAGAGGCGGCCAAUGCCAAUAGGUUCUGGCCAGUCGGCAGAGGUAUAUUCUACAACGACUCGAAAACUUUUCUCGUCUGGUGCAACGAAGAGGAUCACCUACGUCUAAUAUCGAUGCAGAAAGGCGGAGAUCUGGCAGCCGUGUACUCGAGACUCGUUAAAGGGGCCACCGAAGUCGGCAAAAAUAUACCAUUCUCGCGGCAUCGUCGGCUGGGUUACCUAACCUUCUGCCCGACCAACCUUGGAACAACGAUCAGGGCCUCCGUUCACGCCCGGUUCCCCAAAUUGAACGCUAAUCCCGAAAGAUUCCACGAAAUAGCGAAUAUGUACAAUCUUCAGAUAAGAGGCACAAGGGGUGAACACACCGAGGGCGAAGAAGGCGUAUUCGACAUCAGCAACAAACGUCGGUUGGGUUUGACCGAGAACGACGUGGUUUCCGAGAUGAGAAUCGGGAUUCUGGAGCUGGUCAAAGAGGAGAAACGAUUGCAAGAGUCUGAAUAACGCGUGUCGAACCGAAGAGUGUAUAACCGGAUAACAAUCGGGUGAAAACUGUUUCCAAUUCACCCUCUCUUAUAAAUCGAAAUAUAUCUAAACCACGUAUCGAUUAAUACUCCUCCACGAGUCGACAAUACGUUUCCGUUACGGGCACACAUCGAAGAACACGAACCAUUUCAUAGGUAGUUAUCGACAAGCUGGAGCAGUGCUUGUCCAUGCUCGAAAUAUCCUGCAACAGUCUCUCUCUCUUUUUUUUUCUCUUGUUAUAAAAACGAAGAAAUAUCGAUCCUUUAUUAACUUCUGAUAAUAUUGUUGUACAAUGGUUUGAAAUAAAGGUUAUCUUUAUGGAGGAACUUGUA